AUGUUCCCUGCCAAGGAAAACCUUGCGUUGGUGUUGCUUCUGGCGACUUUCGUUACCCUCUCGCUAGCCCUCCCGACAGCCAACGAUAAACUGCUGAAUCCCAAGGGGUCCGUAGCGAAAUUAAACACACCAAUCGAUGGCGCCGAGAUCAGACCGAUUGAACGAGCGGGGCGUAUCCUGUUGCCAACUGAUUUUGCCGUGAAAAAGAAAAAGUACUCCAUCGGUAUGCAGGGCGUUGGGACGUUCUUUAACGCAUGGCGUAAUUGCAUUUCCGAGGGUAAAGGAUUGGCCACCAUCGAAAGCGAGGAGGAGCAAAAGUUUUUGGAAUCUAUGCUCGACUCUAUCUCACCACAAACGCGCUACUGGAUUGGGGCGACCAACUUGGGUGCCACCGAUUUCUCAUUGACGUGGAUUACAACGGACUUGCCGGUAGAAACUACACCGUUCUUUUUAGAUUUAACGGCACCCACCUGCAUCAGUCUGGACUCGUCGGGCACUUGGUACAAGAAUGACUGCUACUCUCCACAAUCCACUCUGCCAUACAUUUGUGAGGAGUACUAUUAA